GGGGAGAGAAAGUGGAAAGGAAAUUUGGCGGGGAAUGAGCGUGAAGAGAAGAGCAGAAACGAAACUGGAGAGGAGACAUGAGAUGCUCCAAGUUGUCUGAUGAAUAAGGACUUCCUCUCAGAUGCUAUGGGAACUCCACCAAGCCUUGGCAGAUUUGUCCCGUGAGGAUCAUGUCCGAUGAACACACCAGCAAGCCGUAGUCGACACCCCUGAAGAUUGCGGGUGAACUUGAAAGCAGUCGGAAACACAAUCGGAACCAGUCGGAAGAAUGUUUCGCCCCUCUUGGCUCCGCAUUGCCUUCAUUGUCGAACUGCUGCUUGUCACUCGCUGGGCGCCCCUGGUGGUGCACUGCCAGAAUGACACUGAGCCAAUCGUGUUGGAGGGGAAAUGUCUAGUGGUGUGCGACUCCACGCCCUCUGCCGAGCCAUCAGGAAACGCCCUGGGAAUGUCUGUGAGGUCUGGAACAGGCCGGGUGGCGUUCUCGGCCAUCCGCAACACCAACCACGAGCCCUCAGAGAUGAGCAAUCGCACCAUGACCAUCUACUUUGACCAGGUCUUGGUGAAUGUGGGCAGCCAUUUUGAUCCCGCCAGAAGCGUCUUUAUGGCUCCCAGAAAGGGGGUCUACAGUUUCAACUUUCACGUGGUUAAAGUUUACAACAGGCAGACCAUCCAAGUGAGUUUGGUUCUCAACGGCUGGCCAGUGAUCUCGGCCUUCGCGGGCGACCAGGACGUGACUAGGGAAGCUGCCACCAAUGCCGGCCUGGUGAUGAUGGAGAGGGGGGACAAGGCAUACCUCAAACUGGAAAGGGGGAAUCUUAUGGGAGGGUGGAAGUACUCCACGUUCUCUGGCUUUCUGGUGUUCCCCUUGUAAGGGUGUAGAGGAUUGUGGAGAGAACGCUAAGGGGUCAAUGGAUUCAUUUAAUCAAAGCUUGAAUGUAUUUUCCAUUUCCUCUGCACUUUUAUGGCUAACCUAGUGUCUAUGCUUACUUGCACCAUUGAUAUUUUCCUAAAUGCAUGUAAUAAUCUACAGUAUUGUCUAUCUACUGUAUAUUUAACUAGCGAGCCAAUUUGUCUAGCUUUAGCUAGCAAGUUUAUCUAUGAAGCUAAUUAACAUCUAUAUUUUCAGCUAGCUCAGAUCUAGCAAAUUCAAAGUGGCUUGAUUGUUGUGAUGUCUUGUCUCUUACACUGCGAUUGUAGCAUAUUUCUUGCAUUAAUACACACUAAAUAUACUCUUUUCCUGUA